AUGACGUUCAUCAAGCCCGGUGACUGUGACGACAAGAACGGUGGCGGCAAGUGGAAUGGCGGUGGUGGCUGGACCAUCAACGGAGGUGGCAAGUGGAACGGCGGCGGCGGCGGCUGGAACAAUGGCGGCGGCUGGAACAAUGGCGGCGGCUGGAACAACGGCGGCGGCUGGAACAACGGUGGCGGCUGGAACAACGGUGGCGGUGGC